AUGCCCUACAGAUCGCCCUCACCAGAAUACCGGGCUCGCCGCUACUCGCCUUCCCGCGGCGUGUCGGGCUCACCUCCUCCGGCUCGCCGUUACGCCCCAUACCCUCCACGCCCGGACGACCGAAGAGGGCGUGUCGACAGCUAUCAUCCCGAUCGCGCCUACUCCCCGCCGCCCCGGCCGAAACGCGAGUACUCGCCUCCGCCUCGGCGCUACUCUCCACCUCCUCGUGGUCGUGACUCAUACCCACGGUACGACCGGUCGCCUCCUCGAAGGCCGUACUCGCCUCCUCGCGAGCGCUUUGACCGCUCUCCACCCAGGCGCCCUCGGUCUCGUUCGCCACCUCGUUACGACGAGCGUCGGCGCGACUCGGGGAGUCGACUUCCUGCCCCUGCUCCUGCCGCCGCAGACGUUCGUUUAAAAUCUCCGGGAAGAAUGGCUGCGGACCGAGUUACGGUGCCAGCGAGCCGGCCUUUCGCGCCCGUUGAUCAGUGGGAGCGUGGUCGAGACCCGAGCGAGCUAGCGUCCUCUACACCGUGUCGCGAGGUCAUAUUCAUAGGGUUAGACGAGGAGUUGACUGAGAAUGACCUCAUGAGCUAUCUCCGCAUCGAGCAUCGCGCCAUGGUGGACACUGUCAGAAUCACCCCCAAACCCUUUGCCAGUACUGGCGGUUCCAACAAUCUCGCUUUUGUCACCUUUGCCGACCUGGCCGGAGCGGAAGGAUUCAUCAAGAACAAUUUUCCUGGUAUCGUCAUGCCCGCGCUGUACUCUCGGUCAGAACCCAAGCAGGUCCGAAUCGACUAUGUAGUCCCUCCCACGGUCACUAGCCACGCCAACCCACGUAUUGCGCGCCUGCCUCAUGACGGAAUGCGCGAUGUCGGCCCAAUGGGCGGAGGGAACCGCGUGCUUGUCCUACGUCAGCUGGACGCCGCAGCUCGAGCCGAGACAGUCAUCACGCGUAUCAGCGAGGAGAUUGCCAAAUUGCUCUCAGCGUUUGGGCAAGAGCAGACCGCCGUCCACGCUAUCCACCGCGUAGUGAUGAUUGUCGACCGAGCUGGAGGUCAGGGAUGGGGAAUAAGCUUUGUCGAGCUGGCGACUCCCGAGCUUGCGGCUGCACUCCUACCGUUCCUCAUCUCGCCUCAAUAUCAGCCGUCAGGCUUCCGCAUAUCCGGCAUUCCCGUCGCAGCGUCAUUCGCUUCAACUGCGUCAUUCAUCCCCGCUCCGCCAGGCGGUCAGUUCCUCGUCAAGAGCGCGCGGACAGGCGGUAUCGGUAACGUGGACGGGAUCUGGUGCUCCUACUGGCACGAACAGGGCGGGGCGGUCGAGAUGAUCCCAAGGGAGAACCAGAUGGGACCAGACGGGCAGAUACCAGAAAUGACGCUGGCGCUGAGGGAGAUGCUAGGGCAGCUGGCUGGCCCCCCUCCGCCACCAGCAUCUGGCGUCCAGGUUUUACCGGACCUGACCGGCGGAAUAGCACCCAUCAAGAUCGGGGCAAAGAAGAAGAAGAAGGAGGAACCGAUGAUGAUUGAGCUGAGCGCGAGGAAUGUCUUGGAGGAAGAGGAGGUGGCCGAAGAAAAGGACACGCAAUUGGUUUCAAGAACGAAAGGGACAAAUAUUGUCCUCCCUCAGCGAGGGAAGAAGGUGGCAAACAACAUCAACAAGUGGAACAACAAGCAGUCAGAACUGAAGCCUGGACAACCCUCCAAACCGCUUUCCGACGCAAACAGAACCAUUGUCAAAAUCACGCCCGCUCCAACGGCCGACGACUUUACCGAUAUCUCCACCCUUGCGGCCACCGGCAAAGUCGCCUGUUUGCUUUGCCAACGGCAGUUCAAAACCGAAGAGGUGCUUCGAAAGCACGUCGCCCAGUCGGAUCUUCACAAGGCUCGCUUAUUUCUUUGGACCACUAACCUCCUCGAUCCGGAAACCGUAUCCGCAGGGAGACAGCGCAAAGCAGCCGCGACCGAAAGCGAGUAUCGCGAUCGAGCCGCCGAGCGACGAAAGGCGUUCAACCAACCCGACAAACCAGGCUGGAUGGAGCUGCAUCCCGAAAAGAAGCGGAAGUUCGACGGUCCCACAGCCAUACCGGCCGCCGUCGUGCCCGCGGAACCCGGUAAGGACGAGUCGAAUGUUGGCAAUCAGCUUCUGGCCAAGAUGGGAUGGAAGAGUGGGACCGGGUUGGGUGCAGAGGGGGCGGGGAGAGUAGAACCCAUCAAGGUGCAGCAGUUUGCGGAGCGGGCGGGAUUGGGAGCGAGUCAGGGGCAUGCUGCGGGGAGCUGGACGGGAGCAGGGGGGAGGGCGCAGCAGGCGCAUGAUGUGGUUGGCGUCAUCCUGGCCAAUCUGGACCUGGCCGAGACAUAA